AUGAAGUUCACUGAACUCGCUAUCUCCCUUGCCUUCGCCGGCGUUGUUUCGUCUGCUGCUAUCCAGGGACUUGGACUCCCUAUCGUGGAGGGUACCGUUGCGGGAGUUGAUGGCGCUGUUGAUGGAACCCUAAGCGCGGCUGGUCUUAAGCGGGAUAGUGGCGAUGCCUUGAGCGGCGCUGUCUACGGUGUUACCAGCUCCCUCAACGGCGUGACUGGCAUUGCAGGAAGCCUUGCUGGUACCGCCGAGAGUACGACCUCCGGCCUCGUCGGCACUGCGGAGUCUACUGUUGGAGGUCUCAUCCCCGCUAAGCGCGACGAGCUUGGUGCUAUUACUGGUACCGUUGAGGGGACCGUUGACACUACUGUUGGUGCCACUACUGACGCCGUUGAGGCUGUUGUUCCGCCCACUGUCCACGGUAUAUCCGUCUACCGAAACCCCAGCGGACUCAUUGGCGCCCUCGAGGGUCUCCAUGUUGCCCUUGCUAGGGGAGAUAUCACCCAUGGCCAGCUCUCUGGCAUCCCCGUCGAGCUCGAGAAUGUCGUUGCUUAUCUCUACACUGCCUAA